CAGAUGAGGAAUAUGGGAAUCAUGAACAGCCAAAAAAGCAUAGAUUUCCAGAGAAUUAUAUCACCGCAUUCAAUUUUCUUAAGAUCGUGAUCAAAGUUUUGCUGGUUCUUCUCGGAAUAGGUAUUCGAAGAAUAGAGUCGAUAAAGAGAAAGAAGAAAAGGCAUGAGCAAGCAAGUCAAGUCAUGAAAGAACUUGUUAGCCAGGCUUCAGACUGGGAGUACGAGGAAGAUGGAAAGAUGCCAAACAAAGACCUGAAAGAAGAUGAAAGCACAAUCGAUACAAAUAUGCCCCCAGAUGAAGAGAGUUCAGCCAUUACCAGCGAGAGUUCAAAAGGAAUAAUCUUGCACUCAAACAGCCUGAAAAAAGAUGAAGACAAGAAGGCAGAUGAACCAAUAGGAGAUACGCCAAUUCUAAUAGCAACAAGGAGGGGUGUGGUGGAGAUGGUAAAGAACAUCCUGGACACCUUUCCUGUAGCAGUUGAGGACUUCGAUUCCAAUCACAAGAACAUAGUUCUUCUGUCAGUUGAACACAGACAGCCACAGGUUUACAAAGAAAUGCUUGAAAGGAAGUCAAUGAGGGAAAGUGUGUUUGCAAUGGUAGACAAAGAUGGCAACUCUGCUUUGCAUCUUGCAGCGGGCUCCGUAGGAAAGAGUCGGCCAUGGGUAAUACCUGGAACUGCUCUUCAAAUGCAGUGGGAGAUCAAAUGGUACAAGUUUGUGAAGAACUCCAUGGAGCCUAGCUUCUUCCAACAUUACAACAAUAAGGGGCAGACUGCAAAGGAGAUAUUCACUGCGUCCCAUGAAAGCUUGGUCAAGGAAGGAGGAAAAUGGCUGACCAACACCUCUCAAUCUUGUUCUGUUGUCGCAGCACUUAUUGCCACGGUCGCAUUUGCCUCUGCAACUACAGUUCCUGGUGGUGUAGAUCAGACCAGUGGGUUUCCAAUCCUAGCGGGAAAACCAGCCUUCGCCGUAUUUGCUAUAUCAGCAUUAGUGGCGUUAUGCUUCUCAGUAACCUCAUUGAUUAUGUUCCUUUCUGUACUUACCUCUCGCUAUCAAGAGAUGGAUUUUGAAAGAGACUUGCCUGUGAAGCUCAUCCUGGGGCUCACCACUUUGUUCAUGUCGAUUGCAGCCAUGUUGGUUGCCUUCUGUGCUGGUCAUUUCUUUGUCAUGGAAGAUAGGCUCAAGUAUGGAGCCUUUCCCAUAUAUAUUGCUACGUGCUUGCCUGUAACCUUCUUUGUUGCUUCACAGUUCCCCCUCUAUGUAGACCUGGUGAGUGCUAUCAUUGCAGAUGUGCCAGAACGUACAUAUAAGAGCCUCACAUUGUAGCCUCAAGUGCUUCA